UCACUUGUACUACUUGAUGAGUAGUCAACCGCAUGCAAUCGAGAUAUAAUUUUUUAUCAAGUGAAUUUUCUAAACAUUUUUAAGUAGUUGUUUAUAAGCAAGCCAGCGGAAAUAUGGCAGCAGAAACAUUUCUAUUACCUAAUGGGCAAAAAAUCCCUAUGCUAGGAUUAGGAACUUGGCUGUCUCCUCCUGGAAAAUGUGCUCAAACCGUGAAAUACGCAAUUGAAGUAGGCUAUCGUCAUAUCGAUGCCGCUUGGUUAUACGGCAACGAAAUGGAAGUGGGGGAAGGUGUACGAAAAGCCAUCGAAGAAGGCAUAGUGAAACGCGAAGACUUAUUUAUCACCACCAAACUAUGGAACACUUUCCACGAAAAAGACGACGUCCUUCCAGCGCUGAAAAAAUCUUUGGAAAAUUUCGGCCUCAGUUACGUCGACUUGUUUCUAAUGCAUUGGCCUGUCGCCUGUAAAAAUACUGGAACUUUCGACAUUCAGCUACCGUUCAAAGAUGCAGUUUACUACGAUCACGAUUUUUGUGAAACGUGGAAGGCCAUGGAAGAGUGCGUCGAUUUGGGGCUGGUAAAAAGUCUUGGCGUGUCCAAUUUUACUAGCAAACAACUCCAAAGGAUUAUAGAUAUAGCUAGAGUUAAGCCAACUAUCAAUCAAAUUGAAGUGACGCCGCUUUUAAAUCAAAAGAAAUUAAUCGCUUUUUGUAAGGAAAAAGAUAUUUAUGUUACGGCUUAUAGUCCUUUCGGUUCACCUGCGCGUCCAUGGAGGAAAGAUGGGGAACCUGUGUUGAAUUUACAAGAUCCGAGAUUAGUGGGAAUCGGUAAACAAUACAACAAAAAUGGUGCACAAGUAGUCUUGAGAUAUUUGAUUCAACUUGGUACAUUUCCGAUACCAAAAUCGGCCAAUCCGGCUAGAAUUCAGGAGAACAUUGAUAUUUUCGAUUUUGAACUUAGCAAGGAAGAUAUGAAGGUUUUAGACGGCUUCAACAAGGAUUUCAGGUGUGUGCAUGCGGAAGAAUUGAUGGAGAGCAACGAAUAUCCCUUCAAAGAUUGCGAAUUUUAAUUUUUUUAGUUCAUAGGAGUUUUUUUUUCUGAAAUAAAUUUGGUAUUUUUUUUUUUAUUGGAGCUUGGUGUGUGGAAAAUCGAUAUCCAUGGAUAAACUUCUCUCUAAAGUCAAACAAACAUAGAUAUUUGAGCUGCUAAUGAUCAUUCGAAAUUUUAAUUAUUACAUCGGCUCUUGAGCUUUGAAUGCCUUUGGGAAAAGUCUCUAGGAAAUCCAGAGUUGAUAAAAGUUCAAAUUUUGACUAUUACCAGCUCUUGAUCGGCUCCAAGAAAGUUUUCCAAAAAAUCAAGAGCCGGUUAUAGUUUAAAUUUUGAUUAUCUGUCUCUUGAUCCAUUGGAUAAUUUUUCUUGAGCCAAUUAGAAGUUGCGAAAUAAGAAAUUUUGAAUCAUAUCAAUUUAGAGUUGCUAAUGAUCAUUCAGAAUUUUGAUUAUUAUCGGCUCUCGAGCCUUGACUGCCUUUAAAACAAUUCUUUAGGGAAUCCAGAGUUGAUAAAAGUUCAAAUUUUGACUAUCACCGGUUCUUGAUUGGCUCCAGGAAAGUUUUCCAGAGAAUCAAGAGCCGGUAAUAGUUCAAAAAUUU